ACACUCCGGGCCAAUAGUCGCAAAACGGUGAAUCGAGUGUUCCGUCAAAGGUCCGAUCAAAGUAGUCUACGACACGUUUGCGAGUCCUGAGAUUUCUCUAGGGCAUCAAUCGGAAAUCGCGCGCGAUAAUCGGUGUCGAUAAAGAAGCCACGGUCCCCGAAAAAAGCUCAUCCUCCGACCCUCCGAAAGGGUAGCGAGGGACUUCGAGCCGAAUUUUCUGCUUUUCGAGAAACCAGCGAUGCCGAGCUCGCUCUCGGAGCCGAGUUAAUAGUCGUGUUCGUUAACGAACGCUUUGAAUCGAAAGAGACUCCAAAAACCACCCCUAAGAGGAUUUCAACUCCUAAGAUUUGCGGCGCCGAGGAUUCCCGAUAGAUUUUGGUAGAUUUACCCGAGCCCGAAAAGCGUCGAGGGAAUGACGGGGAGGAUCCGCGACAUAGGGACGGGUGUCUGUGUCCUGGCACUCCUGUUGUCCUGCGUCCUCGCCGAGCCCGAGCCCGAACCCGAGCCGGCAGGGCCGAUCUUCGGGGACGACUUCGACGAAGAUGCCGAAAGUCAGCUUCUACUGAAGAGGCUGAAGCAGAUCGCCGAGAGGAAACAGGAGGCCUUCGAGCAGGAACGGGAGCUCACGGAGGAGCAAAUAGCCAUUCAGGAGAUUCUGGAGGAAAAGAUGAGAUCGCAGAGGAAGUACGCGAAGGACGACGCGGAAGUGCUUCCGGUUCCUAGCGCGGUCAUCCACGCGCCGAUACGUGGCGAGAAAAGAACCAGUUACAUGACCCUGUGCCAUUUCAAGAUCUGCAACAUGGGACGCAAGCGACAGAUGAUUCCGGAGAUGCGAGGGCUCAACCUGGCGAACCUGAAGACGGAGCUUACCCUGGACAACAGAUCGCAGAUGCGCCGACCUCGUCCUUACUAAGAUCGGCCACGAAGAGGAGUUUCCGCCCCCCGCCUCCGCGGAAACCUCUGGCCGACCUCGAAUUCCCGAAAUCGCGCAUCCACCCCGCCAAUCCGUUUUGGAAAAAAAGGGGAACGCAAAAAACAAACGUCAACCCCUCUUCCGCUUUAGAAAAAUCAGCCGCGCCGAAGGUCAACUGGUGACAAGUGAAAACGCAUUUUGAAAAACCGAGGCGGAUGAUUGUCAACUGUGAGAGUGUACAGUUGUUGCUUGUGCUAAUUAAUGUUUCAUUAGGGAGCCUAUUCGUGCCGCUUUUUUGAUUCGAGAAACUGUUACGUUAGCGUAAUCGUUUCAAGGGCUGCACAUUUUCGGACGAAUAAUUAGCAAUUAUAACGUCGCAAGUAGAGGUAGUUAACACUUUCGAGGGACUCUCUCUCCGUGCACAAUUUUAGGCUCGAAAUUCCCCCAUGUGAAAAAAUUCAAAAUCGACAACUCGACCGCCGUCAUUUGCAAGAACAACGUUAAAACGAUGUAUUAAAUUGAUGUUCAACUCGCGGAAGGAAACGGCAUUCUCUCUUGUUUCGAAAACGAGCAAAAAUCGCGCCUCCGUAGUUUCCCUUUAUUUUAUUUAUUACUAUGAAAAUCGAAUCGCGAAACCGUGAAGGUGAAAAAAAAAAUGAUUUCGUUUAAAAAACAAAACUCUUGUUGGCACGGGAAGAGCAGGAAAUUUGGCAAGAUCUUGUUCUCGUCUUUGAGAUCAAACGAGCCACCAAAGAAAUAAUUAAACGACUCCACCUCGAGAUCGCGGGCGAAGGAAAAAAUGAAAUUUGAUCGUUCGAAUCGAAGGGCUCGAUCGCCUUCUAAUUCAGGAGAUGGAAGAGAGAGGGAGAAGGAAUAAAAAAGAAAAAAAGCAAGCUCGUAGAUCGCGCUCGAUCCAGGAACUUCCGGCGGGCUCGGAUUUCCCUCGAAAGGAUCAAAGAUUUUGGGAAAACGGAUGAGAAAGAAUGAAAUGUCGAAAAGUCGUCGAAUUACCCUGUUAGUAUUUCGCAGUAUAUUCCGCGCGAUUUGCGCCGACUCGAGCUCGGACCGUCAAGAUUUCCAAAAGAAAAGAAAACUCGAAUUCGGAAAAAGAAAACGGAGCGAGAAGAGCUCGGGCGCGCAACUCGAGCGUAUCGUUUAUUUUCUAUUUAUUCCCUAGGCUAGAAGAGAUAAGAAAAGGAUGCAAAAAGGACACUCCGUGGCCUUCUCGAUUCGGUCGUUCCUCAUCCUAAAUUAUUCGUUUGUGAUAUCGACAGAGAAAAAAAAACGAUAUACGUCGAAAGAGACGCACCAAUGUAUCGAGGUAUCGUUUGUAAUUUUUAUUAGUUUUAUUUAUAUGGUACUUCUUGAUUUUAUACACGUCGAAUAAAUUAAGGUCGAGACGUAACGUUUUCCAUUUUCUCGAUGAUUUUCUAUUUCAUUUUUGACGAGCCAAAACGACGAAUGCGGGCACUUUCGGCCGAGCCUCGGGAAAGAAUUCGUUCCCAUUAAAGGAAACUCUAUCAAGAUAAUACAUUAAUAACCGAUCAUAGUAAAGGACGUUACCGAUUUUAUUUUACCCUCUUACGUUUUACGCACGAACGUAUCGACGUUUACGCGUGAAAUUGAAGAAAAAUUAAUCGUUCUUCCCUCGAUCCGGAAAUUCGAGAUCGUCGUUAACCGCACGCGAGUAAAAGCCCGAACCUCGAGUGGAGCCAUUUUACAACGUCCAUUUAUACGUUCAGUUUACCGAAAGGAAAAAAAAAUUAAAUUGGCCAGAGUGGGUAAAAAUUUUCAAUAGAAAUAUUUUGCGAGACUCUUGUCAAAAUGAAUAAACGAGGAUGCUUUACCGA